AUGCUAAAAUUACAUGGAGAGAUGCGAACAGAUAAAGUAGUUGACAUUAAUUCUUUUCGUGAAGAAUUUAAAGAAAUUUCUAAAUCGUAUAAGCCUGAUCUAAUUUAUAAUUUGGAUGAAACUGCAUUAUACUACAAGCUUAUUCCAUCGAAAAGCGUAUGCAGAAACCGAUUCCAAGGAUACAAAAAUUUUAAAGACCGUGUGUCUAUUAUGCUUUGUUCAAACAUGACCGGAAGUCAUAAAUUGAAACCUGUGAUGAUUGGAAAACCAAAAAUGCCUAGAUGUUUUAAAAAUUUUGACUAUGGAUGUCUUGUCUCAUAUUAUAGCUCACAGAAAGCUUGGAUGACUGGAUCUAUUUUUAUUGAUUGGAUUAUUAGCUUUGAUCUCCAGCUUAAAAUUAAAAAGAAGAAAAUUUUAUUGCUAAUAGACCACUGUCCUGCACAUUCUAUUCCUCAAAACUUGGAUUGUAUUAAGAUUUUAUUUUUUCCUAAAAAUUCUACUGAUUACUACAACCAAUGGAUAUUGGAAUUAUAA